AUGGACUCCGAAGCGUCAACGUGCAGUACCGACUCCAUGAGUGAGGAGGACGGCCUGAAGGCGCAGCUGGAGAAAGAGCGGAGAAAGUCCACAGAGAAGGAUGAACAGAUUCGCCGGCUCGAGUCUAGAGUCAAAGCUCUAGAGAUGGAGCUGAUCAAGGAGCGCUCAAAGUCGGAAAAGGUCACAGGAGAGACGAAGGGUUUUGCAAAGGUUCAGCAAGAGCUUUUGGAUGAGUUGCAGAAGCGAAAGGCGGUCCAGUAUGAGCUGAUCUGCACAGGACAGCAAGUCUGCGAGCUUCAG